AUGAGCUGGUUCAGACAAAUGCGCAAGUUUACAACUAUGAAUGCAGACGCGGUGCUCUGGAGUGACGCCGUGACGCGGUGCAACAGCAACGCUUUGCGAAAAAGCGCCUCCGGGUGCGGGUGGUUCAAGACCUUCGCCAUGCCCGUCCACUACACGGACUGUAGCAUCUGCGGCGAGGUGCGCACCUUUCAACCCGAGGCCGCAGCAGGAUACCCAGCCGCCACGCCAGAGGGCAGCCGAGGGGCUGCCCGCCUGAUGGCGGAAGAAGCGGCGCGGAGGGCUUCUCGAACCUCCGCCUCCAGUAGCGCGGCAGGAGCGAAGAGACCAGACCAGAGAGACCCGCACAUCGACAAGGCCUACGACCAGAUCGACAACAUGCUUGAGGGCCUGCUGACAAAAAGCCAGCAGAUCAAGCACACGCUGGGCCAUCACAACGAGAUUAUCCCAGAGAUUGCGGAGAGCGUUGAAAGAGACCAGGCCCGGAUGGAGAAGCAGAAGGCGGAGAUGAAGAGAAGGUCAAGCAGAGUUGCAGAUGGUGGCAAGUUAGCCAGCUUCGAGCCUUCCAGCUCGAGAGCAUUCGGCGUCCAAGAGAAGGACUACGAGGGGACACGAGAGCUCUUUGACUACGCUGAUGGUUUCCUGCAGGUGAAGGCCACUGGUCAGAGGUUCCAGGCUGGCCCUUUUGAGGCCGUCUCCUGUGCAGAGCUGCAUCGGCGCUUGCACGAGAUCUUGCCUGAGACUCUUCAGAUGCGGCGCAGUCCCUUCACCCUGGGCGACAUGCUGCCCCAGGAGGCCGUUUCUGGAGGCCUCACCUUCAAAAACAUUGUGGAUAGCACCUUGGACUUGAUGGCCGACCCGCAGAAUGCUGGGGCGGUUUUCCAGGUGGCCUCACUUUACAACUGCCUUCAGCUGCAGGAGCCGGGCAGUCAGCCAGAGGAUGGCAUCACAGGAUAUGCCGACAUGGCCACCCAGGGCGCGGUUUCUUCGAUGGCAUGUCCAGCAGCCGCAGUUUUCAGGAAUUACUUCUUGAAUGGUGGACAAGGUCAUGGGCAGCAGGUGGAGCUCAUGUCUCAGGUGGGCGACCUGCUGGCGAACAAGCGGGAAGGAUAUUGGAUGGUCAAGAAUGGCUUCCUGCUGCCGAGGCCCGGCGCCAAGCUCAUCGACCUCAGUGAGAGGCUAGAGGGCGACAAGAUCCUGGCGGACGAUGUCUCCUGCAGAACCAAGGUUGGAGUGCACUGGGACACGCAGGUAGUGCUGGAAGACUUUACGCAGAACAUUUGCCAGGUGUGCUGCUCCGCUCCGGCCGUGGCCUUCUCAAAGAUUGUGAAGGCGCAGCACUGGGCCCCCUUUGCAGUGAGCCUGCUAACAGGCGCGUACGAUGCGACCCUGGCAGCUGCAACGCUGCUGGCUGCCCAGCAACCGCCCAACCUGGAUUAUGCAGUCGAUCGACAGGGUCCUAGAUGCCUACCGAUGCGCACCGCUCGAUGUGUUCCUCGUGCACCUGGCACGGACGGAUCGCUUUGCGAGGCUGCAGGGCGGCCGGCCUGA